UUCGGGGUCAGUCCACUUCACAUCCCGCCCAUGUGAACCCGGGGAUCCCGACGGUGGCCCAAGGUAUUUUUCGUCGAGAGACCGGAGUCUCCCCUACGGCCCCUGCGGGAUCACAAACUCACUCUCAAUGGUCCCCGGAUCGACGCUGACAACCGACCUCGUCUUGGUGACCUUUUUUUCUGUGUGCGGCGACCCCAACUCGCAAGCACUGCGCAUCGCCUUGCUAGGAGAGUGUGAGAAGAAUUGGUCAUCGUACGAUCCCCGAUGGACCUCCACGGCAUCCUCGAACGCCUGUCCGUGGGGGAUCUGGAAGUGCGGUUUGUCCCCCGCUUCGUCUAACCGGACCACAUGGUCCCGGCCUUCAUUUGGUAUUCACAUGUCCAAAGCCUUCGCAUGACCAACCUCUCUCACAUGUCCUCGGUUUCACGGACCAGAACCCAAAAAAAAA